CCGCCCUUCAACGGAAUCACCAGGUGAGAGGAGACUCCUUUCGCGUCUCGUUUGCUACAUGCUAUAGGGAAAUAAUUUUGCUAACGAUUGACGUGGUACAGUCCCUCUGAUUCAAGAUGACGAAGGGUACCUCCAGCUUCGGAAAGCGCCACAACAAGUCGCACACUCUGUGCAGACGCUGCGGUCGCCGCUCCCUGCACAUCCAGAAGCACACCUGUGCUAACUGCGGUUACCCCGCUGCUAAGACUCGCAAGUACAACUGGGGCGAGAAGGCCAAGCGGAGAAAGACCACCGGCACUGGUCGCACCAGGUACCUGAAGACCGUCGACCGCAGAUUCCACAACGGAUUCCAGACCGGCGUCCCCAAGGGCUCCCGUGGCCCCGAGAAGGCUUAAAUGUCUUCUUACGUCGGAUUUUGUCGGAAGCUGGAGGUUUGAAAUGAUGCGGCAGUCGUCUUAUAAAAACAGCGGCUUUGGGCGUGAUGAUUCCAGGGGAUGCUGAAGGGGCCUUUUCUGCCGCCAGGGUCCAACGAAAACAUAACGGAAGACCAAAAAAGUCAUGGGUUUUCGGUGGAAGAAAAGGGAAGGCGUGUGCAUGAAUUUCCUUUUUGUUAAUCGCUGGCGAAUAUCCCAUGUCAAUGGCAGACACGGUAUCUGGGAGAUCUUCUCCAAUACAUGAACCUGUCUUACUGAAUUCGAGCAUUCUACGAAAAGGCUACCUUAUUCCCAAAUCCACAAAAUAAAAAAAACACUUG